GUGGUCAGCCUGGGUCCUCAUUUCCAUGCGGAGGCGGAACGAAUCCGUGUUACUGCGUGAGCGGCGGAAGGGGCUGAUGCAGCCUCCGAUCGCUCCGGAAAAGGUCGUGCGGAGGAGAGCCGCGCAGAGCCGAGCCGUACCGCUGGGCUGCUCGCAGCACCGCGCACAACCGCCGGAGCGUCCGGAGAUGGCCGUGGGUACGGCGCUGCUGUGGCUCAGCGCUGCGCUGCUGGCGCUGCCCGGAGUGUGCGGUGACUGCCCGCAGCCGCCGAGGUUCGCUUUUGCGGAGCCCCCCGGCCCCACCAACUCUUCGUACCCCGUUGGGACGGUGCUGCGGUACCGCUGCCGCCCGGGGUACACGGGAGAUAGGAACAAGCUCCCCAGCGUCACCUGCCUGCCCAACUCCACCUGGGCGUCGGACCCCGACUUCUGCAUCGGAAAGUCGUGCGGGCAGCCAGAAAUACCGAAUGGCAAUUUCCACUUCAGCACCAACCUUCAGUUUGGAGCUACGAUAAACUUCACCUGCAAGGCCGGGUACCGUUUGGUUGGGAAACCAACUGCACAGUGCAUCCUGAGCGGCAGUGAUGUGGUUUGGGAUGCGGUUCCGUACUGUGAGAUUAUUCCCUGUCAGCCACCUCCCCCGAUUGAGAAUGGGACGCUCAGUAGUGUGCACGGGGAGUACACCUUUGGGGUAGCUGUGACUUAUAGCUGCAAAAAAGGUUUAUCUCUCAUUGGAAACGCCACAAUUCACUGCACAAUGGAUGAUAACCUCAAUGGGAUAUGGAGUGGUCCAGCCCCGGAAUGCAAAGACGUGAGAUGUGAAAAGCCAGAAGUGGAAAAUGCAAAGAAUUUAAAUAGCUUUGCCACUGAGUACACCUAUGGAGAAAAAGUGAGCUUUGAGUGUGCUCCUGGGCACGCUUUGAGCGGAGCUCAGACGGUUACCUGCGAUGCAGACAAUACCUGGAAGCCAUCUCUGCCAUCGUGUGACCCACGUCAGCAAUGCACUGCUCCCACAAUACCGAACGGGAUUGUGAAUGGGGACAGUUUCCUGUUUGGGACAACUGUGACCUUCUCCUGCAACGCUGAGUACGAAUUAAAGGGAUCAUCUUCUGCCAAAUGCGUGGCAGUGGAAAGUGGAGUUGAAUGGGACGUGAAGCUCCCAUCCUGUGAAAGACAGCGCUCUGAUGUUCUCUGUGAACAGCCCCCCAGCAUCGGCAAUGGGGUGCACAACGGCACGGGGGGCACAGCCUUCCCCCUGGGCUCCGUUGUGGUUUAUUCCUGCAAUGAUGGCUUCAACCUGGUUGGAGACAGAGCCAUUCAGUGCCUAGCAAAGACCCAGGACCGCGGAGUCUGGAGCACACCCACUCCUGAGUGCAGAGGCGGAGCGAGCAGCAUCAUUGUUGGAAUCCUGCCCCUCCUCCUGGCAAUGCUGGUGAUGAACUUCUAGAUGAGGGCACGGCUGCCACGGGGAGACGGUGGGAUGUGGUCGUGCCCCGCGUUGCCUUCUGGAGAAACCAACCCUGCAAUACUGACUGGCAGAUCUGUGAUGGAUAAAGAUGGCGUUGAGCCCUGGUGUCCCCAAGAUGAGCACUUGCACUUUUUGGUGUUGUGCUGGACACAACAACGGUGUGGCUGUGCUGGUGGCUCAGAUGCGAGUGUGGUUAUCGCUAUGGGAAGUGGCAGUGAUGCCAAAAGCUUUUGAACCGCACUGCUGUGGACUCGAGGAAAUUGGGCACUUUGGGUACCUCCAUGCUCUGAUUUUCAGCCCCACUGAGGUAAUGCUGAGCCUCGUCCCCUUCAGGAUUCACAGCUGUCUGGAGGGUCCUGAUGUGUGAUUGUCUUUGUAUGAGUGGUAGAUGAAAAAAUUAUGUGAGCCAAAUACUGUGACACUGAAAGCACUGACGAUGUUUGCCUAGGAGCGUACUGUAGCAUUGACUUCAAGGCCAGUCUGGACACAAGAAGCCUUAUAGAUGGGUAAUUUUACUGGAGAGAAUAUAAAUAUAAACGCCUUGUGACAAAGAACUAUUUGGACUCUUCCUGUUUGUGCUAAAAUUAGGUUCAGAAAUGGUAUGAAAGUGUUGGCCACGCUCCCUUCUUGGUAUCACAUCAGUGCUUCUCUCCAAGCAUCCGGAGCCGCCCUUCCUUCCUGCCUCAGGCUUUCUGCUCGAGCUGCCCAGCAGUGACACCUCAGGGCUGCUGUGCUGAUGGAGGAGAAAGCAGAGCUGGGCUUCUUGCUCUGCUGGCCUGGGGUGCUCGGAGCGCCUGCUGCAUCCGAGGUUACAUCCAAAAGGACUUGCAGCUGAGGUUGGUGCAGACACACACCAAGCAGAGCCUUUAUUUACAUCCCUGGGGAGCAGUGCACAAUGCCUGCAUCCUUCUGUGCGCUCCGCUGCAAGGAGCAAUCUGACAUCUUGGUGGUGAGGUCAGGAGCUGAAGGCUUCACGGGGAUCCCAGAUAUAAGGAAUACAAUACUGACAGCUUUGAGAUGUGUGUGUGGCUGCUGCCUACAGACUGUGACUCUGUUAAGCAAAACAUGGAGGCUCAGGGCUGUGCCUGAAGGUUGCAGCUCUGGGUUCUGCACUGUUUUACAGCUGGAAAACAGAAGCAUUCAGAAUGCUUAUCAUGCAGUUAUUUGUUCCUGCAUUUUUAUUUGGGCCUUCCUCUUAACCGGAACAGGCAGCUGUUAAGAGGAAAAAGCACAGAGAGCCGUUUCCACGAGCAGCUGAACCUUCCUGUAAGCACGGUCAGAGGGUUCCCCCUUUACAGCAGAGCUCUGUUCUGCCCAGCUGGCGUUCUGGCCGAGCAAAGCACUGUUUUCAGAAGUAAACCUUACAAAACGAGAAGUUGCAGGUUGUUUUUCAUUCAUAAAUACGCAUUGCACGCAUAGACACAUAGAGAGAGAGAGAUGGGUGUGAAAAUCUCGUUGUGUAUACGUGAAAAAUGUAUUGCUGGGUGACCAGGGGCUCAGAACACAAAGGGAAAGCCCAGUGCCUUACUGCUGUGCUCUGCUUUAUUUUAACCUCAGCACCAUUGUUUCUGUUGCAUAGUCCAGAGUGCAUCUCCCAAAUGAUUGAACUUCAUCCUGAAAUGACCUCCCCUCAACCCAAUGGAAGGAACUGUAAAUGUUCUGAUUGAGUCUGCGAUGGGCUCACCAACAUUUAUGGUGUCUGUGUUUAUAUGGGAAUGGAAUUGCACUGUGCGUCAUUUUACUUUACGAUCUGAAUGUAGACAAUCAAAUGUGAUUUUUAAAGUGUGAUUUUUGGAUGUUUGUGUCAUAGAAGCUGCCAAUAAAAGGGAUAAGGAUGACCUGA